AUGGCAAACUCGCAAUCCAAAAUUGUUUUGCUUGAAGAACAGAAUUCCAAGCUUGUGGCCGAGAUUACUGAACUUAAAAGGGAGAAGGCUGAAUUCUUAGCUAAGGAAGCAGGGUUUAUGGCUAGAAUAAUGGAAUUAGAACAAAUUGCUGAAAAAGCGAAAUUAAGAGAUACCGAGCUCAAUACUAGAAUCAUGGAACUAGAACGGUCAAGUGAAAAACGAUUUGCAAAAUUGGAACAGAAUCAAAACAAUACCGUAGUUAAGUUAGAAAAUGAUGAUAGUUCUUCUGAGAAAGAUAUUAAUGUACCUGAUUCUGUAAUAAACAAGUACAUCGACCAUGUCAGCUCUGCCGAUACUAACGCCAGAUCGUUAGAGGAUGAUACUCCCGCAUCUGAUAUAACUGAUAACGCUUCAAAUUCUGAUGUAUAUCUGGAACCUUCGUCUCAGAUGGAGGUAGGCUCACACCAAUAUUCUGCAUUACCUAUACAUACGGAGCUAAAAUCGUUGGAAGAAAAGGAAGAAGAUGAAUUCCUGGAUUCAACGUAUAAGGAACAGGUUAGUAAAGAGAUAAUUCAGAGCAUAAGGGAAAAGAAAUUUCGAGAUCAAAACUUAUCUUCGGAUAACUCGUCAAAACCAUCCAAUUCAUCACGUGAUAUAAAAACCGUUCCCUCGGGGAACGAUCAAGUUUCAAAUUCAUCAUGUGAAACAAAAACCAUUUGUUCGGGAAAUGAUCAAACUGAAAUAUCUGAAUUGGAGCAAGAUGAUGGGACCGAUAAAAAUCAAAUUGUAGAGCAGGGCUUAAUAGAAGAAUUGGGUAUAUCUACUGAGAAGCAAGGCCUCAUGAUCCUUGGAUCACCCUUUGGGCCUGAUUCUGCAAUAGAUAAUACUAGCUCUACUGAAAUUAAUACAUCAGAGAAUAAAUGUUCAGCUCAACAUCUAUCUUAUUUAUUUAAAACAGCAAUCAAAUCUCGUCAAGAAGAAAUCAUAAACUGGUAUUAUUAUUCUCUUGAAUUCGAAAACAAGAUUUAUACUAUUACAGCUGAUG